AUGUCGAGCGAGGCCAGCGUCGUACAUGUGCAGGGCAUCGCUCCCAACACCUCAGUCGCCGCUCUCAACGACUACUUUUCGUUCGUAGGCGAUGUCGAAUCGGUGCAGUUCGAUACUUCCGCCGCCGCCAGCGCCACGUCCAAAUCUGCAAAGGUCACUUUUAAGCGUCCUUCUGCUGCCACUUCUGCCGUCAUGUGAGCUCGGUCGUGCAUACACGCAAGUCAUCUGCCAAGCUGAUCAGUCGAGCCCUGCUGCCUCUUCUCCCGCGCCCCGCAGGCUGUCGGGAGGCGUGGUAGAUGGGUCCGUCUUGACCAUCACCCUGCCCUCUGCCGCAUCUGCAGAGAAAGCAGCCGAGGCGGAAGUAUCGACCUCCACGACUGCAUCAGCAAGCAGCGUGACUCCCCAAUCCGUGGCUCAGGAGGACAAACCUCGCACAGCUAGGAUCGCCGAGCUCUUGGCUCACGGCUACACCAUCUCUGACGAUGUUGCCCAGCGAGCCAUCGCUUACGACAAGCAGCACGGUCUCUCCAACAAAUUCUUGGCUUACUUGUCUUCGCUCGACAAGAGUUUGGGAGAGCAGAUCAGCAAACGUAACGUGGGUGGUGUCAAUCUGACCGAAAAGACGGAGCACACACCUAGCGGAAGCGCGGCCAAUGUAAGCGCUACGGAAAAGGAAGCCCAGUCUGCUCCUGUUCCCGGCGAUGCACCUGGUCAGCCAGAUGGUCCAAAGACGACGACUACUGUACCUGCUGAUGCGUCCCAAGCAAAGACCGCCUCUGCUCACGCUCAAAAGGCUGUGGAGGGUCUGCGAGGAAAGGCGGGCGAGGUGCUGGCUAGACCAGAAGUCAAGGCUCGCACCGACUUUGCUUGGGCCAAGUUCAACGAGGUGAGUAUGGCUCGCGUCGCGUCAUCCUUGAAUUGGGAAGAUCGCUGGCCCUCAAUCCAUUCACAAUACCUCUUUCUCCCCCCCCCUCGCAGUACUACUCUGCCGUUGCGAAUCACCCUCGUAUUCACUCUUUGUACACGUCAGCACACAAGACGGUGAGUGUGGCUCCCCCCGACGAGCUUUUGAUCGUCGGAUUUUAUCUGAUCGCCAUGCCCUCAUCCCCCCCGCCGCUCGGGACAGGUGACCGAUGUGCACGAGGAAGCAUCGCGCAUCGCUGCAGAGAAGAAGCAGGCAGCCGGCAGCGCGCCCGAUCCUGCUCUUCCUCCCCGUCCAGCUCAGAGCGGUCUUCCCCUGGUCUUUGUGGCCCUCAUCUGCCUCAUCUUUUUCAACAUGCAGCAAGUUGCUUUGGCGCAUUCCGGCGGCGCAGAGGAUCUCAUCGAACCCGCUGAGAUCGCUCACGAGAAGCCUCACAAGAAGGGUGAGGAGAGCUACAUUCAACGUCAUAUGGCCAGCGAGCACCACAUUGGGGCUUUCGACCUUGGCGCCUUCUUUUCCCUCCACGAUCUCAAUCGGGAUGGUAUUCUCGACGUGAGUGUCGUCAGAGUGCAGCUUUGGGUGACAAAGAAGGCAGCUGAUAGCAGGAGCCUCUGAUUGCAGCGUCCCGAGAUCGAGGCCAUUUACGGCGUACACCACAGCGAAUCGGUCAAGGUCUCACCUACCUACGAAGUGCACGAUGCCAAGGCUGAUCACAUCGUCAGCGAGGUGCUUCGUCGUCUAGACCACAACAGGGAUGGCGUCGUGACCAAGGCAGAGUUCAUCGCAGCUGGACCGGACGGCCUUCCAUCCUUUGAACAGUACGGCACCAGCUCGCUGGGUCAUCAUUACGACGAAGAGUCCGAGUACUUUGUGCACCACGAAGAAAUCUACCACAAUACGCCCGAGACGCAAGACGAUUCUGCCUACACGCACAAGGAAGACUUGGAGCACUUUGCGCAUCAUCAACGGAUUGAGGAUGAAGAGGAGCGCAGAGAGAGAAAAGCGGAGGGACUACCCACGAAGGAGGAGGAUGAGAGGCGACGAAAAGAGGCAGAGGCCAAAGGACAAAAGUAUGUCAGCCCUUACGAGGCUCAGAUGCCUUCUGAUCACAGCCCCGCUGCUCCUCAACGGGCCUACGAGUCGCACGACGGCUGGAAUGGAGCGGCGUUCGAGGCUCAAGUAGCUACGGAGCACACGUUCCACACGCCGGAUGGCGUGCACGUGGUCAAGACUGCGCCGGAUGAAGCGCUCAGGGCGCACUUGGCCGCUACGGAGCACAAGCAGCACUUGGAGAAGGAGCCGGGCGAGACGGAAGAAGGCUUCAAGGCUCGCGUUGCAGCGCACGCCCAGAGAAAGUUGGCGGCAGAAGCGUACGCAAAGGCGAAUCCUGCUUUCAACGAGGCCAACGGAGGUCCAGCAUCGGCAUCGGCUUCUGGCGCCGCCGCUGGAGUGACGGAUGAGAGGGAUGCCAAGACGGGCGAGUUGAAAAGGAGACCGGGAGAGUCGGAGACGGAUUAUGGCAAGAGGAAACAAUUGGCCAGAUUUAAUGAUGCCAAGGGAAGAAGCUCUUAUAGACCUUCUAGGGACGAGACUAGAAAGGCCGCCCCGUACAAGGUGAGUUUUUUUGCGUUCGUUUGCAGUGCUGGAGCCGUCGAGUGUGGCCGUGCGGCCCUUUUGUCUUUGGAAGGACAUGUUGCCCCCCCCCUCUUUGCCCUCUGUUUUCUUUUCCACAUUCGUCUUGCUACAUCACUCGUGUAAGGAUGAACGGAUGGCUAUCGCUCGCUCGCUCGCGGCCUCGAGUCGUAGCUUGCUAUGUACAGCCGGCCGCGUAGUCUCCCCUUUGUUUCCGCAUUGCCCUUCUCGAUAGGUUAGCUGAAACUUGGCCGAACCCCUCUCUUGCACGCUUCCUUCCUCGCUCGCUCGCUCGCGACCCUUUGCAUUCCUCCUCUCUCUCUCUCUCUCUCUCUCUCCGCGUUUUCUCCUCAACUCGCCACCUCGGGCUUUUGAUCCCACCGCCUGCACGCGGACUGCUCUGAUCUCAAAACGGGCAAAAUUCUGAUUGCGAUGUUCUAGUACCCUCCUAUCCAAAAACAACAGUCACGCGUCAAGCCAGGUUCUUACUUUGGAGAAUUCUAA